AUGGCGGACAGCGUUGAAAUACUCGUUCAUAUCUCCGCCCUUGGUACUACAAAGGAGGAUACAAACUACAGGGCCCACUCGGAUGCAUACCUGGAAUUUGAGCCUGUGACUAGAGUCAAAAUAUACCCCGAUGAUGCGGGCAGCGAAAUUUCCACAGAUGAAAUUGGGGAUCCUCCAAGCGAUGCAAGUCAAAAACAACUGCAGCCCGAUCAGUUAGAUGGAAAAAGCCAGAAAGAAUCACAUCAUAUACCCAAUUUCACCCUAGGAAAAUGUGCAUCUUUCUCAUCGACGUGGGGCCCGAGUUUCGGGGAAACCACAUGUGGCCUGUUAGACCUCUCCCAAAGUUCAGCUCAAAGGUCCUUUUCGCAGAAUGAUACGAACGUUGUUUCCGACAACUCCUUUCUGAGUCCAAGGAAUCGCUCCAGAGUUUCUGAAACUGGUCCUGCAACGCCCUGCAAUGCUAUCCCCAGCUCUCAGGCUACGGAGACACCACCCAGCGAAGUCCCCGAAUCCCAAUCUUCCUUCCAGGCUAGCUGGAGUGUUGAAAAGGACAAUACCCCGCCCGGAAGGCCAAAACAAAAUAUACAAAUCGAGAGAUCACCUUCUGAUGGUUUGCAUUCCCAAUCAAAAAGACGUCGGGUAUCCGUUCUCCCAGCUUGUAUGCCAUCUUCAAUCCAUCUUGGAACCACACCUACAUCUUCCACAUCUGAGCUUCUGCGCGCAUCACAACUCCAUUCUCAAUAUGAUAAACCAGGACUACUACGCCGACAAGAGAUUUUUGAGAGAGUUUUGUUUCCCUUAGAGAUAAACCCGCCACGGCCGGUUCCUUCUUCAACCACUCAGUUCACAACCCACGUAACUCCGACGUUACAAAUGCUUGCCGACAAGCUCAAGUUAUCCAAAGUUUUCAAACCGUCGCUCCAAACUCGGUCAUUACGCACCUUGGAGCGUGGCUAUUGGCUUCUAAACCUCACCAUCUCAGACUCCAGUAGCAACGCCAACAACAAUAAUAGUUCCAAAAGUUAUCAAAACCCGUUUUGUAUGGACGACGCUAUGAGCAAGAAGCCCAGAAUCGGUCCACCCUGGUCUAGAAAAUGCUUCUUCGACUUCUGGGAUUUUCUUUCAAAAUUCAUUGCCCACGACGGCCGUGCCGGUUGGGGUGUAUGGUGUAUCUGCGAGUCUAGAUCCUCAACCUCCUCUUCGAUAAAUCCCACCGAUUCACAUUCCAUAAUCGACCUCACCUCUCAGGACAGUGCUCAGAUUCCAGCAGAAAAUAAGACUCCGCAACCAGAUGACAAUCUCAACAUCAUAAAACACAUCGCCGUAAAAAUCUAUACUUGGGGCGAAGUUGCGCCGCAUAUAUACUUGCUCAUGUAUCUAGCUAGCGAUAGAAAAGUGAGAAAGGUUCCCGGCGUUCAGUGGAGGGAUGGGGCCGAUGAGUUGGUUAUAUUUAUGGGUUGA